UACGCCACGUAUGAUUGGAAAAAUCCUGUUGAGAAGAAGAGCUCUGCAAAUUGGCUAAGUAUACAGGAGCUAGUAAAAAAAUGGAGUCUUCAUUAUCCCUUUUGUUUUUGGAAUUCUAUUAAAUACCUGAACCCCUUCACAUAAACUUUCUUCUUUGAUUCAUUUCAAAGUAUUGAACUUUACCAUGACAGCACUUGCUCAAAUUUCCAUCAAUUUAUCACCCUUAAACACACCAAACGAUGCUCUGUACAGAAAACCAAACUUUCUUGGGCUGAAAUUACAGAGACCCAGUUAUUGUUUCACUGGUUUAAGUUCAAGAAAAGUAUCAAUUUGUAGUAGUUGGUACAAAUUAGGAGCUUUUAAGGAGAAAACCUCAUUCUUGACAGAUAAAAAUGGGAUUUUGAUGAAGGAGGUGAGAUGGGGUUGUGAGAAGAGAAUGGUUUUUGUGAAAUUCAAACAAGGGUUUGGAUUUGAUGGGAUUGGUGAUGGUGGUGGUGGUGGUGGUGGUGGGAGGGAUAAUAGUGAGACUGUGAGAGUGUUGAGUAAUCUUGUUCUAGCAAUUGGGUUGACUUAUCUCACUAUGACUGGUCAGCUGGGUUGGAUCUUGGAUGCUAUUGUUUCUGUUUGGCUCCUUGCAGUUCUACUUCCAAUUUUAGGUUUGGGAGCUUUUAUUUGGUGGGCUGGACGAGAUAUUGUUCAAAGCGCUUGCCCAAACUGUGGGAAUGAUUUUCAAAUUUUCAGGUCUACUUUAAAUGAUGAGGUUCAGCUUUGCCCUUUCUGUACUCAGCCAUUCUCAGUUGUUGGUGAUAAGUUCGUGAGAGACCCAGUAACGUUCUCCAACCAGUCAACUACAUUUGGUCAAGCAUUCAGUGAUUUCAGUACUCGUUCAAAGAAAGGUAAGGAUUCCUCUAUUGGAAUUGUUGAUAUAGAAGCCGAAGUUAAGGACGCGGAGUAGGCAGUGGUAUCCAGUGAUACAGUAGCAUAUGAAAUCAUCAUUAGGGAUUAUGGGGAAGCAGCAGCUGCUGAACGGGAAGAAGACAAGAACAUCCCACAUCAAUAUGAAGAGAAGCUUCUCGUAAGCACUACUUUUGGUCAUAAAUGCCGAACACCAUGUUCAGCAUAGCUUGUUAUGCAUGGUCGUACAUGACUGUACAGUCGCAAACACAUGGUCAACAUAUUAUAGAAUAUUGCUGAUUAUGUUAGGAAAAGUGGUGAUACCACUAUACCUUAUUGCAGUUUCCCCAUAGUAUACCAUAGCAUAUGAUAGCUCCUCAUGUUUGUAAAAAUACUAUCUAGCUUCUCAUCAGUUGAGUUGUUGAUUGUAUUAUGAUGUAAUAAACGACAUACUCCGUGUAAUUUCACAAGUGAGGUCUGGGGAGGCUCUCGCUUUCCAACGUUUUAGCGAAGCCAGAUGCUGCCGGUUUCUCUAUGACAGUAGGAGCAAUAAGCUGAACCUGGUGCAUUUCUGUGGUCAAAUGGAAGAGCUUUGGCUUUUGUGGUAUACCAACAAAACUUGUUCCUUUCUCUUUUUAAAUUUUUUAUUUUUUUCCUUCUUGA